ACAUUCCUGCUCUUGAUGCUCCUCCUCUCUCCACACGGAGCCAGAUCGCGGUGAAAGCUCGAUCUGCCACUUUUACCAAGACAAGAGCCUCUUUUGUGUCGGCGGGGAACAACAUGGCAGAAGUAGCCGUCCAUUCCGAGAGAAGAGGCGAAGGGAUUGUGAUUAGCGAUGACUGGCCAGGCUACAGUUUAGACCUCUUCAGCUACCCAGCUCACUACUCCGGAGACUUAGACUGUGUCAUCAUUCCGCAUGGCGUGAUUAUGGACAGGACAGAGCGUCUUGCUCGUAACAUCAUGGAUGAGCUGGGAGACCAUGACAUCGUGGUGCUGUGUGUGCUGAAGGGAGGCUACCAGUUCUGCGCCGACCUAGUGGACAGAAUCAAGGCUCUGAGCCGCAACUCCAACCGCACAAUCCCCAUGAGGGUCCACUUCAUCCGUCUCAAGAGUUACCUGAAUGACCAGUCGACAGAGGAUCUUCACAUACUUGGAGCAGAAGACCUGUCUUUUUUAGCUGGAAAGAAUGUACUGAUUGUGGAGGCUAUUGUUGGCACCGGAAAGACAAUGAAGACUCUCCUGAAGCACGUUGAAGCCUUCGGGCCCAAAAUGAUAAAAGUAGCAGGAUUGCUGGUGAAGAGAGUGCCACAUAGCUCAGCUUGUGUUCCUGACUAUGUCGGCUUUGAGAUACCCAAUCGUUUUGUGGUAGGAUAUGCCUUAGACUACAAUGAGUAUUUUAGAGACCUAAAUCACAUUUGUGUGAUCAGCGAAAGUGGGAAGCUGAAAUAUAAGAUUUAAAGAGAAGCCGGGAGAAGCUACUGUCACGCAGAUGUCAUCUCACAGCAAGCCCAGACAUUUCCCUUCAGUUACCGUUCUCUCACAGCUGCUAUCAUGACAUCUGAUCUCAAGCAUACCUGUUUUGUUAUAGCAUUCCUUCUUUCAAACAUGUGUCUAUUUUAACAGCACACACUGACAUUUAACUGCCAAUUGUUGCCGAGGAAGUAGAUAUUUUACUGUGUUUAAAGUUACACCUUCAUCCUCUGUGUUUACAAAACUGAUUCAUGUGAAAUAUGUGUAACUGUGAGUGUGAGUAACACAAAUGCCAUCUCAGCUGUACUGUUUCUUUUAUGCAAUGUAAAAGACUUGAUAAUCACGACAUGUAUGAACGUUUUUCAGGUCAGUGUGAGUGAUGAAAUGAAAGGGAGUUGUUUUCAUUUUGAAGUUAAUAAUUUUACAUUUCCUUCACCUGUAUAUUGACUUUUUUUGUUUUAGUAGGCAGUUCUGUUGUUACUUUUAAUCCUCAGGGGUAAACGUUUUCUUACUGUGAUUGAUGUAGGGUAUGUUUGUCAUUUUUCUCUUUUUAUUUUAUAGUUUAACAUACAAUAAAGAGUUUUUAACA